AUGUUAUCAGCAUUUUCAAUUCCCACUUCUUGUGCUCAUGAUAAAACGUACAAAAUUCCAAUGGUGAAGUUCGGAAAUCCCUUGUCAAAGGCAAUGGGAGAGAUCAUAGCAGAGUUUUACAGUGUUAAAUCUAAGCAAGUGAUAAUCACAAGAGCUGAUAAGGACCACCAGAGUUACUUAAGGCAAUCAGGAAUAAUCAAUGAAGUUCUCUAUGAUGUGAAAGGGAAGAUUUUAAUUCGAAUUGAGGCUUUUGAUAGAUUGAAAAGUGAUAUAAAACGCUUCUUCAACAUUUUUGUCUUGGAUUCAUAUGAAUCUUUUAGGAAAAUUCUCGAUGUUAUGUCAACGGAUGAUUUUGACUUUACCGGAUUUUACACAAUUCUUUUGACGAGUAUUGAGAAAGAUAACAGCAAUAUUGUGAGGAAUAUUCUACACGAUUGCUGGGAACAUUACAUCGUCAAUGUGAACGUCUUGAGCUACGAUCCGCUUAACUUGGAAAGUGCUCUGAUGCACACAUACUUUCCCUUCGCUCCUCAUCACUGUGGCGAAGUAAAGCCAGUCACAGUAGGAAUUUACGAGCAGAACAGCUUCUCAAGGAACUCUUCUGUCUUCCCUGAUAAAGUCAGAAAUUUCUACAAAUGCACUCUUACCGUGGGAACUUUCCACUUCCCACCGAACAUCAUAAUCGAGCCUCUAACCUUUGGAUCCAGCUAUGUCGAUGGCUUUGAGGGCGUUAUUAUGAGAUCUUUAGGCCAACGUCUCAACUUUUCUUACAACCUCCAGAUUGCUGAAGGAAAUUGGGGAAGAGUUGCUGGGGAAAAUUCAACGGGUGCCAGUAGAAUGCUUCUGAGAGGCGAAAUAAACUUCACUUUGGGAUCCUUUGCAUCCUCAUUUUCCCACUACGGAGCAUUUUCCAGCACAAUUCCUUACCACGUGACGUCUCUGACUCUCCUUGUGCCUCCUGGGAGAUCUUACACGGCUGUGGAGAGACUCUUCCUGCCCAUGAAGUACAUCAUCUGGAGUUGCAUUGCUGCGUGCUUAGUUUUGGCAGCAAUUGCUGUUACUGUUGGCAAAUUCUUAAGUCCCGCGAAAAGAAGCUUUAUCUUCGGCCAACGCAACAAUUAUCCCUUCAUCAACACCAUCAACAUCUUCCUCGGCGGAUGCGUUCCAGUUGUUCCGAGGCGGAAUUUCGCCAGAUUCCUUCUGAUGCUGUGGAUCUUCGCGAGUCUUGUGAUCCGAAGCAGCUAUCAAGGCGCCUUGUUCAGCUUCCUGAAGGACAGCAGGAAUGUCACAGUUGUGGACACGUUUGAGGAAAUGCUCAACGAAGGCUUCAGGAUUUAUGGAGUUGAAGGAUCUCGCAAGUACUUUGAUUCACUGACUCGCUACAAGAGUAUGUUUGUCACCAAAAGCUCUGAAGAAAUAGAAAAUCUCAGGUUCAGGAUGGCGGAUCAUGACUUCAAAGGCGCCGUUGUCACAACUGCCUUAGUCGUGGCGUACAUGAAUGAGAAAUACGCCAAAGACGGCAUCAGUUUUCGCGUAGCAAAAGAGCAAAUCAUUCAAAUGUACAUUUGCAUCUACGUGAGAAAGUAUUCGUACUUAACCAAGGCCUUCGACGGCGAACUGUGGAAGUAUAUUGAGAGUGGACUUAUUAAUAAAUGGUCUUCGCUCUACUAUGACAUGAAGAACUUAAAUAUGGAGUCACAGAAAAGUGCUCCUCAAGCUCUGAACAUUGAUCAAUUGAACGGAAUAUUCUUGGCUUAUAUUUUAUUUAUUUCUCUCAGCUGUUUGGUUUUUGUACUCGAAAUUCUGUCGAAAUAUUCAGUGAUUGCUAAAAAACUUUGUAAUUUUAUCAAUUAG